AUGUCGGCCGCCACGCCGCAACCAUCCUCUCGAAGGGGGAAAGCCGGACGUCAUCGCUCUGCUAACUUUUCAAGGGGAAAAGACGGCGCAGCCAACAAGCCCAACAAUACUGCGAGGCAAAGCGACAAGUCCAGUGAGCCUAAUGGCAAACCAGAGGGUCAGAAACCCGCCAAGUCCAAGGCGCAGAAUGACGGCGAGAAGCUGGUAGUGAGACGCCUGCCGCCAGGCAUGACCGAGGAGGAGUUUGUGACCAUUCUUGGGUCCGAAUGGGAAGUCGACAAGGGCAAGGUGGACUGGUUCGACUUUGUGGCCGGCGGUAUCUCCAAAGAUCUGUCGAAGCCACCCACGCCAGGUCGUGCAUAUCUCCAUCUCAUGCGCAAGGAUGAUAUCAUGCCACUGAAUGAUGCCGUGCGCUCCAAGACCUGGGAAGAUGCUAAGAACACCUUCACCAACACUUCACUAGUCGGACCGCCGAGUGUCGAGUUCUGCCUCUACAAAAAGGUCCCUGGUGCAAAGAAGCGUGUGGACUCGCGACAGGGUACCAUUGAUCAGGAUCCCGAGUUCCAGGCUUUCCUCGAAUCGCUUGCCAACCCGGUCCAGACCAAGGACGUGGAGGCAGAAUUCGAGGAAUCCGACAAGGCCGAUGCCAAGGUUACUUCAACACCGCUCGUGGAAUUCCUCAAGGAGAAGAAGGCCAAGAGCAAGGAAAAUGCCAAGAAAAACGCCAAGGGCGAAGGAAAAAGCAAAGGAACAGCCAAGGAUGACGACCAACCUAAGAAGAAGGGCAAGGCCAACAAGGAAGACAAGGUCGAAGCACCCAAGGAGCCGGUCAAGAUCUUGACCAAGAAAGCUGCCAGCGAGCAGGCCGCAGAAGCUGCCAAAGCAGCUGCCGGCCAAAUCAACGGCGCUGGCAACAAUGAUGGACCCAAGAGUCGCCGCGCUGGCAUUGCUGCGGCCGCCCGUCUGCUCCAACGCGACCUAGGCCUUAGUCCGGGUAGUGCCCAUAGGAAGGCGCGUCAGGAGGCAGCCAAGGCUGGCGCCGACAGCAAGACAGACACCAAGGCUGAGGCCGCCGAGAGCAGCGCCAGCGUGGGUGCUGCCAAAGCGACGACUGCGAACCGACCUGCCUCGCCCGCCCCUUCUUCAGACGGUGGCGCCAGCAAGAACAGCAAUGCUGCUGGCGGCAAGUCGCAGCAAAACCGCAGGACCCGCGGGGCCAAGGGCAAGGCGGCGGAACAGCAAGCCACGUUGAACCCGGCCAACCCGCCCAUGAUUCUCAAGAAAAAGCCAGACGGAGCGGCUGGCACCGCUGAACUACAACCCGAGACACCGAGUGAAGAUUCCAACGUACCCGCUAAGUCUUCCGCCGCAGCGACUAAAGCGAACGGUCCAAAGGCCUCGCAGCAACGGAAAGCGGCGCCUGCGAGUGGGCAAGAGUCCACCCGCGCCUUUGUCAAGCACGCAAACCCGUCGCAGGGCGUGACGGAUGCCGCCCUCAAGCAGAGUCUAGAGGCAUUCGGACCUGUGACCUUUGUCGAAAUGGACAAGCGCAAGGGCUUCGCCUACGUCGAUUUCGCCGAUCGUGAGAGUCUUGCCAAGGCCAUCGCCGGUAGCCCCGUUGCCGUGGGCCAGGGCACUGUGCAGGUCCUGGAGCGCAAGGAGAAGAAGCCCCAGAACCAGCAACAGAGUACACCAGCGGCGGAGGGGAGUGCUCCCAAGGCCGAAAAAGCUCAGGGUCGUGGUCGACGAGGCCGCGGCGGGGGCAACAAGAACGCUGCUGGCGAGAAGGCGGCGGCAGCCGCAGGUGAGGCCUCGUCGGCCGCUGCUCCAGCAGGAAACGGAGGAUGA